GAAUGUGGGGGGAGUGGCCGGCCUGGUUUGGAGUGUGCUGGCUGUAGCGGCAGCGGCCGUGCGAGGAACCGAGAUUUACCGCAAUCACUUCCGUCUCUUUCCCGACCGAGGAGGCGCCGGGUGCACGGGAGACCUGUAAGAAAGUGCGAACAAGUGAUCACCAGCUGUCAAGACACGGAAGAUGGCCGACCUUGAGCUUGUGGAUGCCCUGACGGACGCUCCUCCUGAGAUCGAGCCGGAGAUCAAACGAGACUUCAUCAGCAGUCUGGAGGCGGAAGCUUACGAUGAUGUCAUUGGGGAGACGUGUGACAAAACGGACUACGUUCCCCUGUUGGACGAUGACCCAAAGGAACCGGGGGGAAAACGCCCCAGUGGUGGGAGCCAGGCUGAACCUUCUCAUCAGUCCGUGCUGGAGAACGGAGAACACAACACACAGAUCGGAGUCUCAGAUCCAUUUGGAUCAGAGCGUGAUGAAGACGUCUUGGCAGAUCUGCGCCACCCUCCCCGUGAUGUGCACACGCGUCCUGCCUUCACAGAGCACUUCAGAGAGACGGAGCAGCGCCCCGGUGACCUACAAGAAGCUUGUCUCCUGGGCUUCACGGACUCUCUGCCUCAUGUACAAAGUGAGCCCCUGAACCGGGCAGAAUCAUUCCAAGGAGCAUUUGAUGAGGGCUGGCUGACUGAUUCUUACUCGAAGACGGACCUGCAGAGCGGAGACUCUUCUGAGAGAACAGAGACCUUUGGUGAGACUCCGAGCGAUGACUCUGCGAAACUCCCAUUUCAAGUGCCUCAGAGUGACUCCACUUUGGACAUAUGGCAGCCGACGGCGGAGGAGCAGCUUGCGCUCGGCUCCCACAACACCCCAGAACAUGGAGAUCACUCGCUGAAUCCUGAGGAAUUACUAUUUGAACCUGCUCCCGAUCCGGGCCUUCAGCCGCCGGAAGAAAGCCAUCUUUUCCCCGGAUUGGAUAGCCAGUAUCUGGCGGACCAUGAAGCUGAAGACCUGUUUAAUCCUGAACUAAGUCCAGAAGAACGGUUUCCUACCUCCAUCAAGGAUCCUGAGCCAUCUACUGGAACAUGUGCGCAUGAAAGUGGCGAUAAGCCGGUUACUUCUGAAGAAACUGCAAAUGUUAGUCAGUCAGUGGGAAGUGACCUACUUGGAGAGGAGAUACAGACAGAACCGGCGCUACCUGCUUCUCUUACAGGCACAGAGCCCACUGUGUCCCUAGCUGCACACUCCGCUGUGGAACUUGGCGUCGUCCUUGCUACAGACAUUCCUGCAGAGCCCCCUUUCUUCCAGGAGCAGCCACCUGCAGAACACGCUGCUUUAGAUCAGGAGGAGUCUUCAGCUUCCCCCCCUGCCUCUUUAGACCAGGUGAAGCCUCCGGUCUCUCCAUCUGCCCCUGCGGUCCAGGAUGAGCCUCUGAUAUCACCUCCUGCAGGCCAUAAGGAGCCUCCAGUCUCUCUCCCUGCCUUUGAAGUUGAGGAGACCCCAGCUUCACCCCCUUCUGCUGCAUUUGAGGAGGAGCCUCUAGCCUCAUCCCCUGCUGCUGCAUUUGAGGAGGAGCCUCUGUUCUCACCCCCUGCUGCUGCAGUUGAGAAGGAGCCUCUGGCCUCCCCUUCUGCUGCCGCUGCAGUUGAGAAGGAGCCUCAGGCCUCACCCACUGCCGCUGCAGUUGAGGAGGAGCCUCUGGCCUCGCCUCCUGACGCAGCAGUUGAGGAGCCGCCUUUGGCCUCCCCUCCUGACGCUGUAGUCCAGGAGCAUCCUCUGGCCUCCCCUCCUGACGCUGCAGUCCAGGAGGAGCCUCUGGCCUCACCCCUUGCCGCUGCAGUCCAGGAGGAGCCUCUGGCCUCGCCCCCUGCCGCUGCAGUCCAGGAGGAGCCUCUGUUCUCACCCCUUGCCGCUGCAGUCCAGAAGGAGCUUCUGUUCUCACCCCCUGCCGCUGCAGUCCAGGAGGAGCCUCUUUUCUCACCCCCUGCCGCUGCAGUCCAGGAGGAGCCUCUGUUCUCACCCCCUGCCGCUGCAGUCCAGGAGGAGCCUCUGUUCUCACCCCCUGCCGCUGCAGUCCAGGAGGAGCCUCUGUUCUCACACCCUGCCGCUGCAGUCCAGGAGGAGCCUCUGUUCUCACACCCUGCCGCUUUAAUCCAACAAGAGCCUUUGGCCUCGUCAGCUGCUUUAAUCCAACAAGAGCCUUUGGCCUCGUCGGCUGCUUUAAUCCAGGAAGAGCCUUUGGCCUCGUCGGCUGCUUUAAUCCAGGAAGAGCCUUUGGCCUCGUCAGCUGCUUUAAUACAGGAAGAGCCUCUGGCAUCUAAUUUGAAGGUCCUGGCUACUACAGAAGAUAGCCUGCAGUUAGAAGAACUAUCUCAGCAGGUAGAAAAGCCACCUGAGCGAGCAGUAGAUGAGCUUCAGCAUCCCGUAGACCAAGCACCCCUAAGGCACAUGUACAAAACAAGUGACCGCAGGUUGGGCAGAGCGAAACCUGUGCCAGUGUCGGGCAUGCUUCCUGAUCCUGGCGUGCCCCGGCAGAGUCGAGACCUGCCUCCGAUGCAGCCUGAAUAUUCUGAUUCUCUGGCUUCACGAGCCAAAGAACUGCACAGAAAAGCCCACAGUAUGAUGGAACACCGGAGGGAAGCAGCAAUAGAAGCCAGAGAUCCAGAAGCUGUCCAGAUAACCAUGAAGAAGAAAAAGAAGAAAACGAAACAAAGGAAAAUGUAUUCAAAGGAAUCUGAGUUUGGCGAGGAUGAAGUUCCUAAAUUCACCAGAGGUGGCCCUGAGCCUUUGUACGCCGGUGCAGGCCUGCAAACCAGAGAUUUGGAGCCUCUUGACAAACAAGACCUUGCAUUGGAGCAUCCAUUCAGCAGACACACCUCAACAAACGUCACCUUGCCUCCCGCUGACCUUGCAGUAGCUGAGAGGAUCCUGGAGGGUUCUAAGCAUGACCGCAUAGCUGACCAACAAGUGGAGAAGAGAACUUUAGAAAUGUACCCUUCUCCCUACUGCAGGGAAGAACUUGGAACUCUGGUGGCAGCUGUGUCUGCUUUUGGUGACACGGAUGUCUCUAAAUGCCCCUAUUUAAACCCUGAACUUGAAUCUAAUUUUGCUUCAGAACAAAUGCAGAGAGACUGCUCUAGAGGAGCGGAACACAAGGCUGUUAGUCCUUCAGGACAGAGCCCACUGGCCAAGGUGGACAGUGCUGAGGAGCCUAUUCCUACAUUUACACCAGUGAAAUGGGACAAGCCGAAAAAGAGAGAUAAAAGGGCCGGCGGCCGGACUCACGCAGGCUAUGCAGCAGAUGUAAGGCAUUGGCAGGCAGAUUUAGGCGAUCCUGUCCUGGGAGUGCUGCCAUUCACCUCACAGAGGAAGACCCUUAAUGAAGAGCAGUGUCCUGAUAGUCUGCCAGGGGAUGAUUUGCAGGAUAUCAGACAGAAAGCUCCGGACUGUAAACCAAAAGACAAGGUUCACAAAAAUGUAUAUUCGAGUCCCGGAGAACCCCUCUCUUUUGACUACUGUCCAGCCCCAGCAGUUACAAAGGUAUCCAGCAAUUUUUUGGGAUCUGUAACAAAGACAGAAUUAGCUAAGGAGGUUCCCCUUGCAGAUGCUGAGAGAAUCCUGGAGGGUUCUAAGGAGCAGGUAUUACACCGGUCUUUGGACAGUCAUGAGAAAGCAAUCCCAACUCCCAAGGUAAACAGUACUUCUGAUAUAAGGGACACCCCUAUAGUCCAUAGCAUAACUGCCGAUACUGGUGUAGUACCUGACCCUGCCUUGUGUGACCUCAGUAGCCAGGUUCCAGCUGUCACACAUGAGAGCACAGCUAAGAUAGAGGGUAAAUCAGAGCGCCCCAGCAUAACUGCUGAUAUUGGUGGUGUACCUGUCCCUGCCUUGUGUGACCUCAUUAGCCAGGUUCCAGCUGUCACACAUGAGAGCACAGCUAAGGUAGAGGGUAAAUCCGAGCGCCCCAGCAUAACUGCUGAUAUUGGUGUAGUACCUGACCCUUCCUUGUGUGACCUCAGUAGCCAGGUUCCAGCUGUCACACAACAGCGCACAGCUAAGGUAGAGGGUAAACCAGAGCGCCCCAGCAUAACUGCUGAUAUUGGUGUAGUACCUGACCCUACCUUGUGUGACCUCCAUAGUCAGGUUCCAGCUGUCACACAAGAGCGCACAGCUAAGGUAGAGGAUAAAUCAGAGCACCCCAGCAUAACUGCUGAUAUUGGUGUAGUACCUGACCCUUCCUUGUGUGACCUCAGUAGCCAGGUUCCAGCUGUCACACAACAGCGCACAGCUAAGGUAGAGGGUAAAUCAGAGCGCCCCAGCAUAACUGCUGAUAUUGGUGUAGUUCCUGACCCUACCUUGUGUCACCUCAGUAGCCAGGUUACAGCUGUCACACAUGAGAGCACAGCUAAGGUAGUGGGUAAAUCAGAGCGCCCCAGCAUAACUGCAGAUAAUGGUGUAGUACCUGACCCUACCUUGUGUCACCUCAGUAGCCAGGUUACAGCUGUCACACAUGAGAGCACAGCUAAGGUAGUGGGUAAAUCAGAGCGCCCCAGCAUAACUGCAGAUAUUGGUGUAGUACCUGACCCUACCUUGUGUCACCUCAGUAGCCAGGUUCCAGCUGUCGCACAACAGCGCACAGCUAAGGUAGAGGGUAAACCAGAGCGCCCCAGCAUAACUGCUGAUAUUGGUGUAGUACCUGACCCUGCCUUGUGUCACCUUAGUAGCCAGGUUCCAGCUGUCACACAGCAGCGCACAGCUAAGGUAGAGGGUAAAUCAGAGCGCCCCAGCAUAACUGCUGAUAUUGGUGGUGUACCUGACCCUGCCUUGUGUGACCUCAGUAGCCAGGUUCCAGCUGUCACACAACAGCGCACAGCUAAGGUAGAGGGUAAAUCAGAGAUCCCCAGCAUAACUGCUGAUAUUGGUGUAGUUCCUGACCCUACCUUGUGUGACCUCAGUAGCCAGGUUCCAGCUGUCACAGGUGAGAGUACAACUAAGGUAGAGGGUAAAUCAGAGCGCCCCAGCAUAACUGCUGAUAUUGGUGUAGUUCCUGACCCUACCUUGUGUCACCUCAGUAGCCAGGUUCCAGCUGUCACAGGUGAGAGUACAACUAAGGUAGAGUGUAAACCAGAGAUCCCCAGCAUAACUGCUGAUAUUGGUGUAGUACCUGACCCUGCCUUGUGUGACCUCCAUAGCCAGGUUCCAGCUGUCACACAAGAGCGCACAGCUAAGGUAGAGGGUAAAUCAGAGCGCCCCAGCAUAAUUGCAGAUAUUGGUGUACCUGACCCUUCCUUGUGUGACCUCCAUAGCCAGGUUCCAGCUGUCACACAAGAGCGCACAGCUAAGGUAGAGGGUAAAUCAGAGAUCCCCAGCAUAACUGCAGAUAUUGGUGUAGUACCUGACCCUGCCUUGUGUCACCUCCAUAGCCAGGUUCCAGCUGUCACACAACAGCGCACAGCUAAGGUAGAGGGUAAAUCAGAGCGCCCCAGCAUAAUUGCAGAUAUUGGUGUACCUGACCCUGCCCUGUGUGACCUCAGUAGCCAGGUUCCAGCUGUCACACGUGAGCGUACAACUAAGGUAGAGGGUAAACCAGAGAUCCCCAGUAUUGCUUUGCAGAGCACGGAACCUGGGGUUGGGUUAAUCCUGAGAACUCCAGAUAAAAGUCUAGAAGUUAAGGAGUCUUUUCCAGAAGCCAGUUUUAGUUCAGGUAGCGUCCUUGUUCAGUCUGAGCUAAAGGGUCAGCCAGCAUCAUUGUCUGAAAAGGGUCUGAUUGAAGAUAACUUUACUUAUGAGAGGCGAGUGAAAGGUAAGCGAGGCAAAGUCAGGGCAAAACCAAAUGGGACGGCAUCCAUUUUGGCCUGUGAUGUUGGUGAGAGGGGGCUAGAGCUUCCAAACUUGCCCACGUCUACGUACGCUGAGCCAAAUUACAAACCCAAGGAAGCCAGCUUUCCAAGUGCUAAGAAAGCGGAGCGUUCAUCUCUAAAGCGUCCUUACAGCUCCGAGAUAAAGGAGAGUGCAGCUGGAGCAGACGCUGGUCAGUCGUGCGGUAGAGAUGCUCUCGUUGCCGCGGGUGGUUUAGUAAAUACAGAUGUUCCUGUUCCACCACCGUCUCCGCAACUUUCUGUAACUGACGCAGCUACGAAGGAAAAAACAAUUAGUCCUGCACCAAAGGAAAAGGGUGACGCAAAGAUGGAUGUUAUCAAUGUCUCCGAUUGUCAGAAGGACCAAGCGGGAACCGGUCAGAUCAAAUCCAGAGAUUCUGAAUUGGUGAAACAGCUGAAUGAAGAUAUCUUAACAUUAACUGGAGACACACGUACUAUUGCCUCUCGGGACCACGUAACACCAGGUCCGAGUGCUGCAGCUUCACCUGCUAAGACCUUCCCGUCCGGUGUAGACUUUGCACCUCAUUCUUUAGCUGAGGAGUUGCUGGUGGCAGAGACUCUGUUAGAAACAGGAAAAGUCAGCACCCAAAGUAACACGCAUUCUGGAGAAAUAUUGUUGGAUUGCCCAAUUGCUCUUGUAACCAAAACACCAAAUACUACACUUGUGUCUACAAAUGAGCUUGAGGAGCCACGUUUGGGGCACGCUGAGAAUGGCUCAUUACCAUCCGUCAAACAGGAAGCCGUUCUCAUUAAUCUCGGUGGCCAUGCAGAAGGGUCCUCACCUGCCAUAGCCUCAGCUGAUGCCUUAGUGACGAUUUCCAAAUCUCCUAUUGACAAUGAAAGUCUUGCCUGUGGCACCAAAGAAGCAUACCCAGUUGGACAGGCAGCAGUGCUGGAACCAUUACACCAAGCAAAUGAGGACAUUGGGUUUAGUAAAACCGAGGUGCAAGACAACUCAAAAAGUGACCUGUUCAUUGAAGAACCUCCCAUUCAGUGUGACUCUGUGGUGGCCACUUCCGAUGAUGCUGGUAAAACCAUACCACCUCCUCAUAAAGGUCUGAACGCAGGGACCACCAAAGACCUUUCUUCUAAAAGCAAAUUGAGGAUGAUGCCGGUAACACCUGUAGUGAGUAGUUGCAGUGAUUUGGAAAGAGGUCCUCAGAAGAAGACUGAGGAGAAAGUGAAAGCAUCUGAAGUACUGAAAAGUUACAUGAGGCCUACAAAGGCGAGAGGGGCCGCUUCACCACCCUCCAGAGGUGCUAGACCUGAAUCCAAGAAGCCCCCACAGACUAAGGAUCUCCGCUUAAGCCAGCAGAGGCCAGACAAAGGGAAAAGAGACGGAGCAGAAACGGCAGAAGUUAUAACAGGAAGUGACAUCACUGCUCCACCCAACAAGGAACUUCCUGCUAGUCCUGAGAAGAAAGUCAAGGCUACAACAGCACCUCCAUCCAAGGCUGCAACAGCGACCCCUAAAGGCAAACCCCUGCCUGCACCCAGCCCCAAGAAAGUGGUCUCCUCCACACUCACCCAGCCCAAAAAGCCUAGCAGCCCUGCUCCCGCCCCAAAACGCCCCCUGGGAAAUGGAGCAAAGACUGCAACACCUAAAGACACAAAGGAGACCAAACCAAAGAGUCCUGUAAAGACCCCAGACAAGAAGACCCCGAUUACUGUGACUACCCCUCGCCCUGCUGCCCCCAAACUCAGCUCAUCUACGGUAGCUGGACAUACUGCAGGAGGGCCUUCUGCAAAAUCCGGUGUCACCCCAAAGCGGGCAACAUCUCUUAAGAAUGAUGUGAGGGCGGCAGAUGCUAAGAAGCCAAAUCUAAAUAAAUCCCCAACAGACCUAAAUCGACCCAAAUCUGUUCCAGCCGACGUAACCAAGAGCAACGGAUCUGCUCCCACCAGCCCUAGUCCUGCCCUCAGCCGCCCCAAGACCACAAAACCUCCUGCUCCAAAAACACUUUCCAAUGCUUCUGCAGAUGCAAAGAAGCUUCCCGCUGCUAGGCCUGCCCCUCUUGGCAAAACCAGCACGGGCCCUACCAAUAAAACUGCUGUGGCCCCCUCCAGUAAGCCCGUCUCCGCUCCCUCCAGUAAGCCCAUCUCCGCUCCCUCCAGUAAGCCCGUCUCCGCUCCCUCCAGUAGGCCCCUCACUUCUGCCACCAGUAAGCCCCUCACUUCUGCCACCAAUAAGCCCCUCACUUCUGCCACCAGUAAGCCCCUCACUUCUGCCACCAGCAGACCCACCGCUGCUCCCAAACCUCGUCCGGCAACGGCCCCUGACCUGAAGAACGUACGCUCGAAGAUUGGAUCGACGGACAACCUGAAGCACCAGCCUGGGGGCGGCAAGCAGGCAAAAGUAGAGAAAAAACCUGUGCCAGCCAGCACAGCCCGAAAACCUGUACCCUCCGCUGCCCCCAAAGCAGCCAGCAGUAAGCCCGCAGACCCCAAAGAGGGUGCACAAAAGCAGAGCAAUGGGAAAGUCCAGAUAGUGUCCAAAAAAGUCAACUACGCUCAUGUCCAGUCCAAGUGUGGUUCCAAGGACAAUAUUAAGCAUGUCCCUGGUGGUGGGAAUGUAACAAAUGCCGCAAAGCCGCCCUCCUCCAGCAACCUCAAACCAGGCGGUGCCAACGUGCAGAUCCUAAGCAAGAAAGUUGAUGUAUCGAAGGUUGCUGCCAAGUGUGGCUCAAAAACGAAUAUUAAACACAAGCCAGGUGGCGGCGAUUCCAAACCUGAGGAAAACGCCAAGAAGGAGGAAGAGACCAAUCAGAAACCACAGGAUGCCGUAAAGGAAAACGGGGAGGCACAGAUCACGUCUCCACAGAACAGCGACCUAGCUGCACCCACAGAAGCUGUAGCCAAGGACACGCGGGAAAACGGUGUAGGGGAGACGCUACCCAUGAACGACAGCAACCAAAGGGAAAUCCAGAGCUUCAACACUCUCAUACCAGAGACAAGCAUCUAAUGAUGAAUUUGUGGUGUCGUCUUCCAUCUCUUUCAUUGUCUGAUCUCCUCCCUGUACAACUCCCACCAUCUCUCCUUCCCACUUGUUCUCCACCCACCUCCGAAAUCGUCACACUGUUUCCCUGCAGAUUGAGACCUCGUCAGGCUGCCGGCGAGAGAUGGACCACGGAGAAGGUGUCUUCACCCUGUUCUGCCUUCAUACAGCACUUACAUCCCAGCUCAACCCAUAGCACACCAGAGAGAAAGCUUGUCUCCUUCCAUGGGGUUCUGCGCAAGGGGUCCAUCUGCCGCUUCCUCCCACCGCAAGGCUUGUUCUCCCAUCAGUCACAUUCUGCACUUUCUGAGAGAUGGCCGGCCCGAGGUCUUCACCUGGUGUCUGGCUACGGUGAUGGGUGGUCUCGUCAGCUUGCAUAGGGUGUAAGGCAGAUAUGCACCCUGUGUAAUGAAUUGUCUGUCUUUCUAGGACGGUUUCUAUGAAUUGGGUGUUUUUAGCAGUUUAUUUCUGGUCGUUCUGUAGAGCAAGUCAGUAGAACAUACCACCGCUCUUCCCGUAUGUGUGGCAGGCCAUUAUGUACAGUCGUAUCGUCGCACUUCUCCAGCCCGGGGGAGCGACCUAUUCUUAUUUAAUGAACAAAUCGAAAAUGACGACAAUCUGUAAGUUGUUUUCUGCGGGGGGAGGUUCCGACGCACCAGGCUUUGUCCAUCACCCAGCCAGAGACCAGGGUUAAGAAGCCACCGUCGGCCGGUUACCUUGGUUGCUCUGUGACACCAUCCCCAUCGCAAACUUGUGUUCCUGUGUUAUUAUUUAAUAUUAAUAAUGAUAAAUGUUAAGUAUAUAAAUAUAUAUAUAUGACACUUGCACACAACGUAGACUUGUCUGUACUGUAGGAUUCCAGAUCUCCGUCUCUCGUUGCUGUGGAAUUCCUGUACUUCUUCAAUGCUUUUGUUUCCUUCAUCCCAGUCUCCUUAUUCGGCGACUGGGGCUCUGCAGUGCUAGCGACUUAACAUAUCGGGCAGUUGUGACUGUGUUUUCUGUUUUUAAUAUUCUACUAUUGAAGGGUGGAUCAGUUAUGUUGGGCAGAGGCAUGUUAUAAUGGAAAGCUCUUGCGUAUGUGAAGUCUGGAUGGAAGCAUCGCAGUGUUCUCCUGGACCGUAUUUAGAUUACCUCUCCUUCCACUUAUCGAGGUUCUCUGUUACCCGGGGACUGCUGCCUCCAGUCUAGGGAGAAGGAAAGCAGCGGGUCCUUAAUGACAUGGUCCUUGGGGGAGGCGAGAGCAGGUCCGGCCUAGUUUCCAGGUUGGUGCCGGCUAAUGGAUGUUGUAGGACGUAGUGUAGAUCCAGUGACCGCUUCUGCGUGUGCCAAGCGGAUCUGGACAAGAAGUGUUAGCCAAACGUGAUAUGAGGGGGGCCCAGGGAAAGCACUAGGACAGAUUUCUUUCCCAGAAAAGGAAGCAUUUAGCUUGCAAUGUAAGAAGACGUAGUAUUGACUGAAGGUAUAGUAAGGAGAAAUAAAAUUUUAUUUUUAUUUGUACCUUUUUGUGGUUUGAACUAACAUUUUAUGUGCUGUGAAAGACACUAAAGACUGACCUGUAAAUAAAUUAUUCAGGAGCCUCUACAAUAGACGGGAGAGAGCGCGGGCAGUGCGACUGAGCGGCGAGCAAUAUCCGUACCCCGACACACUCUACCGACACAACUUUCUUAUUGCACUUGUAUUUUUUUUUUUUUAUAUCUGUAUUAAAUUUGUUGCAUGAUUUCUAAUAAAAUGAUAUUUAAAAUGUGACAAAAUUGCAGUGGUCUGAUAGUCUGUAAGUGCUCACCAUCUCAGGAUAAAGCCGAAAUGGUGCGUCAUAUGUUCUAACCCUCCUCCAACCAAACCCCUCCCCCCCCCCCCCCCCCCCCCCCCCCCACUUCCCUUCCUCCCCUUUCACUAUGUGGAUGUGCAAUAAUCCCGCCUGUGCUGUUUCCGCAUAUAACCCUCACUCCUUUUGUUUCUAUAAUAAGAAAAAUUGCUGGUGUGUGAGCUUGGCUAAAGGUAAACCUUGCCAUAUAGGUAUUGGAAACUGCAUGCGUUUUAUUUUUUAUAUGGUGUUUCUAUGUUCUAGCGGCCCACUAGUAUUUCUUUUGUUAUUAACAUAGCUCUGUCACGUGCGAAGGUGACCAUUAACGCCAAUAACCGGCAUCUAGUGGAUAAACCACUCUAAUCACUACAGUAAUCCCACGUAAUGGCGGCACGUAGUUCCCGUUAUACAGACAGCCGCAAUAAAUCAGACAUUGCUGUGUGUGGCUUCAGCUCUCAUCUGCGUAAUGUCUUAUAGUGAUAUCCGUACCAAACAUCCAAUCCAUAAUGAUCCCUUUAGAAAGAUUUCCUCUCCCUGCUCUGGACACUGCAGAUGGAGAUGGAUUUAGACUAAUGUGUUUAUCUGUAGGAUCUGUCGGGGCACGAGAUCCAUGCUGCGAUGUACGGUGGAUGGUUGUACGAGCCGAAAAUAGUUUCAGUGCACUAGAUGUAACAGCAGAACCUUGCCUAAAUCCUUCGGCUGCCUGCACGACAGCAGGAGAGUGAUACACGUGCAGUAGAACUGGCGCUUCUCACCUGGUCAUAGCUGAAUUUAAUAUAUGGAACGCAGCUGUAAAUUAAUCUCCUUGCUUUCUCCACCAGUUUUGCAGCAUCCUGGGUAUUUGUGUCACUUGCACAUUAAUGUGAUGAAAAUCCGCUUUCCCACGACCAGUCCUGGCCUUGUAUCAGAACGCUGGUAUAGCUGCUGCAGAUUACAGUUCCUGGAACGGAUUAAUGCAUCCUGCUCAGUGACCAGCGUCUGUCAGCCAUGACAUUGCAGUAACGGGGAAGAGAAGUUCUAUAAAUCUGUACUUAUUCCGUUGUAGCUCUCCCCCCAUACAUAUUACCUUGGGGAAGAUGUCCUGUUACAAUGGCUUCCAGUUUCUCUGGUCUCUGUUCACCUAGAGGAAUGUCUCCUGUAACCCCUGUAGUGUCUGUCAUUCCAACCGUUCUAUGUUACUAGUUCCUAGUUCUGUCGCCUCCCGCCCCCCCUACUGACCCUGUGAUAUCUCUCACUAUAUAUUACGGCCAUUUUACAUCCUGAAACCUUUAUGCCCUGUGUAACCAAGCAAUGGAUGAGCUGUAAGAGUUGGGACAAGAGUCUGGGGCUCAGGACUGUAAAGGUGGAUUUGUUACUGGGUUAUCUACCGUACCGGUACCGGUUACUGCUCCACAAUGACUUGACAUCUGGUCGCUGACCGGUCGGGACGGCUCUGCAAUUUUGUUCCACGUUUUUCGGCUAGAUGCUUACACUAACCAAUACAAGUGAUGGAUGGAUUGGGUUCCAGUCUAGAUAUUUGCUAGCUCAGUAUACCUCUGCUCCUGGUUAUUUUGGUGAAUGUACUGGUGUCUGGCAAUACUGCCGCUUGGAAACAUGAACAUGUUGUAGUCCUGGUUCUCCAAUGUCUGUCCUUACUACCUGUAAUGGCAGUAAAAUCCUUCUCACCUUAUGUGCCAAAUGUCUCGCUGCAUGAAAUAAUCCAUCCUGCUCUCCCUGCCGCUAGUCCCAGGAAUGUAACGUGUCCCGUGACGGGUUGUAAUGAGUUGUCACUAAUUUCCCUCGCUGGUCGCGCAGCGUGAGGCUACGGCCGCGUGUCUGGUGUCAUUGGGAUGUCUGUUCCUGGAGAAGGAGGAAGCUGAGGCGGCCUCUCCCGGUGAUCACUGCAAUGACACAACAGUCCUGGCGGCAAAGGGUUAAUUCUCUGGGUAAAGUUUUGGAACUGGUUUCUAUUGGGGGGUCUCGCACUAGAUGAGUGUCCAGAGCACAGUUAUACGUCGCCUGCAACUAUUAGACCUUUACCAAAUAUCUGUAGUAAGUUGAGCACUUUAAUGGAUCCUCAAACUUCGGCUGCAAGAGAACUGACCCUCACCCAAAACGAAUAACCGCGCUGCGCUAAUUCAUGUUAGGAGCUGGAAUUGCUGCCUAGUCCCCCAAAGCAUUGUGGUGUGGACGCUGGGCUCCGUGCGGUGUCCGGGUAUGGGAGGAGAGAGUCGCUGUGGUGGCAGUGGGUGCAGUAAGUUGUAUCCUGGGGUCAGGUACUGGGUGGGGGUCAGUGCUGGAGCGUUGAGGGGGAAAUGUUUGAUACGCUGCUGAAAGAAGUCUCAGUGACGGGUUUCUGUGACUGCCUCUGUCGUGUCUUACAGACUGUCUUCAUAGCGAUAUCUUAGUGGAACUUUCUAUUGUAAAAGCCUGAAAUAAAACCUUUUAGAAGUUA